UAGUUCCGCUGACUCCGUCCUCCACCACCCUCCUCUCUCUCUCUCUCUCUCAUCGUCUCUUUUACGUCAUAACCACAAUACAAUCCACAACAAACCCAAAUGGUAGACGAUAAGCAAAGUCAAGCCUCUCUCUCUCAAUCUUAACUCUUAAGUAAUUCUACUUCUCUCUCUCUCUCUCUCCCCCAUUUCUCUGCUUUCUCAGAACGCAAACAAAAAUUCGAAACCAGAGCUCGUUAAUGGUGACGACCCACAUGGCGAUUCUCUGGAAUUUGCUCGUAGCUUCGUGGGUUUUGUCGAUUGUCUUGGUGUGCACUGUAGAUGCUCGAUUCGUGGUCGAAAAGGAGAGUAUCAGUGUACUCUCCCCUUUGGAGCUUCGCUCGAAGCGUGACGGUGCGAUUGGGAACUUUGGAGUUCCUGUGUAUGGAGGAUCUAUGGUGGGCGCUGUUGUUUACCCUGAUAAGGGCUUUUCUGGUUGUAAUCCCUUCGAUGGUGAUAAACCCUUCAAGUCAAAGUUUCGUCUUCCAGUUAUUCUGCUUCUCGAUCGUGGAGACUGCUACUUUGCCAAGAAGGUAUGGAAUGGGCAACAGGCUGGUGCUGCAGCAGUUCUGGUGGCUGAUAGCGUAAACGAACCUCUGAUAACUAUGGAUUCUCCUGAGGAGAGCUCCGAGGCAGAUGGAUACAUAGAAAAGAUUGAGAUUCCAUCGGCUUUAAUAGAACGGGCCUUUGGUGAAAGCUUGAAGGCUGCAUUAAAGAAAGGUGAUGAAGGUGUCGUGAUAAAACUAGACUGGUCAGAGUCAAUGCCCCACCCAGAUGAGAGGGUUGAGUAUGAGCUGUGGACUAACAGCAACGAUGAGUGUGGAAUUCGCUGCGAUGAGCAAAUGAAUUUCGUUAAAGAUUUCAAAGGCCACGCUCAGAUUCUUGAGAAGGGUGGUUUCGCACAGUUCACACCUCACUAUAUAACUUGGUAUUGUCCUCGACCUUUUGUCCUUAGCAGUCAGUGCAAGUCACAGUGUAUAAACCACGGACGAUACUGUGCACCUGAUCCGGAGCAGGAUUUUGGAGUGGGGUAUCAAGGGAAGGAUGUGGUGUAUGAGAAUUUAAGGCAGCUGUGUGUCCAUAGAGUUGCCAAUGAAACAAACCGGUCUUGGGUUUGGUGGGAUUACGUGACAGAUUUCCAUAUCAGGUGUUCGAUGAAGAAAAAGAGAUAUAGCAAAGAAUGUGCCGAAGAUGUCAUGAAAUCGCUUGAUCUGCCAAUUGAGAAGAUAAAGACAUGCAUGGGAAACCCAGAAGCCGAUGUAGUAAAUGAAGUCCUAAAGUUGGAGCAAGAGCUCCAGGUUGGACGAGGUUCUCGUGGUGACGUUACCAUCUUGCCAACGCUGGUCAUAAAUAACGUUCAGUACCGAGGAAAAUUGGAGAGGACGGCUGUGCUGAAGGCUGUAUGUGCUGGAUAUAAGGAGACCACAGAGCCUCGAAUUUGUUUGAGUGCAGAUCUUGAGACCAAUGAGUGUCUCGAAAAGAAUGGUGGCUGUUGGCAAGACACAAAUGCUAAUGUAACUGCUUGCAAGGACACGUUUAGGGGAAGAGUUUGCGAGUGUCCUUUGGCAAAUGGUGUGCAGUAUAAAGGAGAUGGUUAUACAUCCUGUGAAGCUAUGGGACCUGGAAGGUGUACACUAAACAGUGGAGGCUGCUGGUCAGAUACUAGAGACGGAAAAACAUUCUCAGCUUGCUCAGAGUCUGAUCUCACUGGCUGUCGCUGUCCAAAAGGUUUUCGCGGGGAUGGUCAUACAUGUGAAGACAUUAACGAAUGCAAGGAACGUCUAGCAUGUCACUGUGAUGGCUGCACCUGUAAGGACACGUGGGGUGGAUAUGACUGCAAGUGUGGUGGUAACAAGUUGUAUAUAACAGAUCAAGACACAUGUAUUGAAAGAAGUUCAUCGAAAUUUGGAUGGUUCAUUGCCUUCUUGGUCAUAGCGUCUGUAGCAGGUGCUGGUAUUGCUGGUUAUAUAUUCUACAAAUACAGGCUCAGGUCUUAUAUGGACUCAGAGAUAAUGGCUAUUAUGUCACAGUACAUGCCGCUUGACAACCAGCACAAUAAUCAAGUCGUCCACCACGAUGCUGAACCUCUACGCCAAGGUUCAUCCGUGUAAGGAAGGAACAGAAGUUCAAGUAAUCACUGCUGAAAGAAAAGCUUGAAUGGGGAGGGUUGGAUUUCCAUGGUUGAGGAAUUUCGCAUCCAUCAAUGGACUCUGGUGAGGAUGGCAGUGUCAAGGAUUUAUACACAGGAUUUCUUCAAAAGACACUUCAUUUCUUUCUUCUCUUAUUCUUCUUCUUCUUCCUCUUCCCAUUUUCCCCCUUUUUUUUAUUAAAAAAAAAAUUCCCUUGUGUAAAUAAAAUAAUUGAGAUGUAAAUGGAGGCUUGUAGUUGAGAAUUUAUAGCAAAAAGAAAAUAAUAAUGUUGAGGAUUUGUGACAAUAUAAAAAUCAAACUAAACCUUAAGUUCUAUUAUGUGUACGAAUAAAUCUAGAAAAAUGAAAGAGGAUAUGUUGAAUAAGAUGCCAUAGUCUCUUUGGCUCA